CCUGACUUCCCCCCCGCCCACCGGCCCGCUAGGAGACUUGCCUGGGGUUCCCCCGGACCCCGGGCUCAACCCUCGCGCGAGUCUGUUGACGUCCCGUCUAUCCUCGACUGCCGGAUCGGCCCCGGGGUUACCAUACACAGGCGCCGGCUGCAGCGAGUAUCGGCGAGAGAUGGCGCUUCCGUCGUGUUUCCAGAAGCCGUUCGUCGAUGCGUCCAGGCUGCCCGCGCCAGUUCCCGCCCCUCCGACGCCCGUCACGAAGGUCUACGACGACGUCAUCCGCUUCAUCAAGCAGGGCAAGAUCAAGGAGGCCAAGAACAUCGUGCGGACCCAGCAUUGGCCCAUCGACCACAUGAACCGGGGCGAGCUGUGGCUGAAGCUGUGCCAGGGCCACGUCAGGGUGGGCCCGCCCGACGACUACUACCAGAGCACGGUGAAGGAGUCGCUGGACGGGCAGUGGCCCAUCGGCAUGCCGGCCUUCGCGGACCCGAUCUUCGACGAGGUCUACCUGCUCUCGGCCGAAGGGCAGCGGCGCGCCGAGCGGGUGCUGUACGUGGUGUCCGUCAACUACCCCUUCAUCACCUACUGCCCCAUCCUGCACCCGCUCGUCUGCCUGCUCCUCCACUACCUCACCGAGGAACAGACGUACGAGUGCGCAUGCGCCCUCAUCGAAGGCACCAUAGUGCGCCAUCUGAGCCAAACGCGGUUCAUGUACGACACGUCGGCCCACACGCUCAUGAAGCUGACCAAGAACCUAGCGAAGAAGACGUACAACAAGCUGCUGCGCAAGGUGCAGCAGGAGGAGGACCUGGAGAAAGUAUUCCUCACGUGGCAGCUGUGGAUCUUCCGCGGGCUUCCCUUCUACCACCUGGUGCGGACCAUGGACUGCUUCCUGAUCGAGGGCGUGAGAGCUUUGUACCGCGCAGCCAUGGCCAUCCUCAUCCUCUUCGUCCAGGACCACUCGAGCGAAUAUCCCAGCGAGUCGAUGUUCACCCGAAUGUUUGGAGGAAAGAAGAGCAAAAGCAAGGGUCCUGGUCCCUCGGGCGAAGGUGGGCUGAACGCGGCCUCCGCCUUCCUGGACCGGAUCAUAUUGUACCUCAGGGACUUGCCGUACAAUGUGGACUGUUUCCUCAAGACUGCCUACGGCAUACAGGGCGUCAGCGCGAAGGUGCUCAACGAUCAGUUGCUCAAGUCCGAGGCGUACGUGCGCGGGCACCCGGGCAAGCGACUGCUGGGAUCGCCCUCGGAGACCGGCGCCUCGGCCAGCCGCCUCGAGAUCACCUCGUCUUUACUGCCCAUCAGGAAAAGCAGAUACGGCGCCUCGGGCACCGCACCGGCCGGCAUAGCCCAGCUUACCAACUUCCACUCGGAGAUUCUCAGCCGCGACCAGAUGUGCGUCUUGUGGACCUGGCUGCCGGCGCGCAUCACGAUGUUGCAGCCCGAGCUCGUCUUCUCGACCAGCGAGCACGGCAGCAGCCUGACCAACUUCUACGUGCACGCGGACACCUGGGAGCCCACGGUGCUGGUGGUGCUGACGACGCGCGGCGAGCGCUUCGGCGCCUACUGCUCGACCCGGUGGCAGGAGCGCAAGCAGACCUACUUCGGCACGGGCGAGACGUUCCUCUUCACCUUCUCGCCGGAGGCCAAGCGCUUCGCCUGGGUCGGCGUCGGCUCGUCCCGGGACGUGGCGCACUCCGCCAAGCUGUUCAUGUCCGCCAACCAGACCAUGAUCCUCGUCGGCGGAGGGAACGGCAUGGGUCUGUACAUCGACCAAUCCCUGGAGUACGGUCGCAGCGAGCACUGCGACACUUUCGACAACGAUCCGCUAGGCCGCACCAGCGACUUCGUCGUCAACAUCUUGGAGGUCAUCGGCUUUGCCUGACCUCAUCAUGGUCCGCGGGCCGCGAAGAUCGUACCGAACUAUCCAGCGUCCUGGGCGGACAAUUUGUGAAAAAUUCGCGCGUCGUCGCUGCACCUCAUCGGCGACGACGGCGAUUUUUACGCAAUUACUGCAGACGA